CUGAACAACAGCUCCACUGAGAGCUUCACCCCAGCUCCUAUUCGACACAGGGUUCCACAGUCACAGCUGGACAAGAAGUAAGGGAGUGGAUAACAGCAACCACCACCAAUUCCUCUAAGAGAUUGUUGAAAACGUUCAGGAUGGAAUUCUCCAGGGCCUUUGCCUGCCUCUCCUUGGUCCUCAUACUUGGUGUAGGGGAUUCUUUGCCUCAGCACAAUCCCCAGGUAGCCCAAAUGGUCACGGACUUCGGCGUGAAGGUGUUUCGGGAAGUGGUCCAAACCACUGGGGAUGGCAAUGUGGUCUUCUCACCUUAUGGAGUAGCCUCAGUGCUGGCUAUGCUGCAACUGACAACUGGAGGGAACACCAGGGAGCAGAUCCAAGCUGCAAUGGAAUAUAGCAUUGAAGAGAAAGGUCUGGCCCCUGCUCUCCGAAAGCUCUACAAGGAGCUCAUGGCACCUUGGAACAAAGAUGAAUUCAGUACAGCCAAUGCCAUCUUCAUUCAGCGUGAUCUGGAACUUGUCCAGGGCUUUAUGCCCUACUUCUUCAAAGUAUUCCGGAGCAUGGUCAAGCAGGUGGACUUCACUGAAGGAGAAAGGGCCCGGUUCAUUGUGAAUGACUGGGUACAGAGGCACACAAAAGGAAUGAUCAGCAACUUGCUUGGAGAGGGAGUUGUGGACCAGAUGACCAAAAUGGUGUUGAUCAAUGCACUCUACUUCAAAGGCCAAUGGAAGCUGCCUUUUCCAACCAAGAGCACCCACCAUCGCCUUUUCCACAAAUCAGAUGGAAGUACUGUCUCUGUGCCUAUGAUGGCCCAGACCAACAAGUUCAGUUGCACUGAGUUCUUGACCCCUAGUGGGCACUACUAUGACAUUGUGGAACUGCCCUAUCAUGGUGACACCCUCAGUAUGUUCAUUGCUGCCCCCUAUGAAAAGGAGGUACCCCUCUCAGCCCUCACCAACAUCUUAGAUGCCCAGCUCAUCAGUCAAUGGAAAGGCAAUAUGACCAAACUGCCCCGUCUCCUGGUUCUGCCCAAGUUUUCCCUGGAGAGUGAAGCUGACCUGAAAAGGCCUCUGGAGAACUUGGGGAUGAAGGACAUGUUCAGGCCAGGACUGGCAGAUUUCACCAGACUUUCUGACCAAGAAAUACUCUAUGUGUCCCAGGCCUUACAAAAGGUGAAGAUUGAGGUGAAUGAGAGUGGUACUGUGGCAUCCUCAACCACUGCCAUUGUUGUCUCUGCUCGAAUGGCUCCCCAGGAGAUCAUCAUGGACAGGCCCUUUCUCUUUGUAGUGAGACACAACCCCACAGGAACAAUUCUUUUCAUGGGACAAGUGAUGGAACCCUAAGAGGUCAGACCUUCCCCUUGGGAAAAGGAGUGCUCAUUUGGAACAAAAAAACCCUCUGAAGAAAUAACUUUUCCCCUAUUUCUCUUCCUAGAAAGAGACCCCCCCCAAAAAAAAACCUCAAACAAACCACUUUUUCCUUUUAAAAUCUUACCCUCCAG